AGUCUACACGUUGUCUACCUUGAGCAAAGUACGUCUGAGGCGGAAGGGGUUUACCUUUACGGUUAAAGGUUAACCAAGAGAACCGCUGGUGUGCGGGAUUUGGAGCGGUUGUCUAGGAAUUGUUUUUAAACGUGGAUUUCAACACUCAGAAUAAGUGAACUGCAUCGGCCUACUGUAGCCUACCUGGCACAUCCAUGGGUAACACUACCAGCGAGAGAGGUCACGGCCACGGUCACGGAGGGGGCCAUGGGGAGAGGCACCGUCAUGACAGCUCGAAAGGGAAGGAGGGCCAUCGUUCCAGCAUCCUGAUGGACAACAACGAGGAUACAGAUUUGUUUGAUGAUCCUAAAGGUCCUGAGGCACAUGAGUUUCUUGCGUGGCAAAAAGAUCUGGAGUCAGACAUGAAGAACCCAUCCCAGAAUCGGCCAACUAUGUUCCGGUGGACAGGUGGAGGGAAGGAGGUCUACCUUUCUGGUUCAUUCAACAACUGGGCCACCAAGAUCCCUCUCUCUCGCAGCCAGAACAACUUUGUAGCAGUUCUUGACCUACCAGAGGGGGAGCAUCAGUACAAAUACUAUGUGGAUGGGCAGUGGUCCUUGGACCCUGGAGAGCCUAUGACAGUCGGCAAAGCAGGUACUAUAAAUAAUGUGAUCAGGGUGAAAAAGACUGACUUUGAAGUGUUCGAUGCCCUCAAAACUGACUCGGAAAAGUGUGCUGAUAUGUCAGACCUCUCUAGCUCCCCUCCAGGGCCGUACCACCAGGACCCUUACAUUGUGCGGCCCGAUGAGAGGCUCAGGUCUCCCCCCAUUCUACCUCCACACCUGCUGCAGGUCCUCCUUAACAAGGACACCGGUGUAUCUUGUGAUCCAGCUUUGCUCCCCGAGCCCAACCAUGUGAUGCUAAACCAUCUGUAUGCACUCUCCAUUAAGGAUGGUGUGAUGGUCCUUAGCGCUACUCACCGUUACCAAAAGAAAUACGUCACUACUUUACUCUACAAACCCACAUAACAGGGCACACCUGGGCGUACUGCAAGUCACAUAUGUCUAUGUGAGUGGGUGUGUCUGUGUAUGUUAUUAUUAGACACAUACCUUAUUAUCAGCGUCAGCUGUGGGAUUUCCCACUACAACCCUGGAGGAGGCGGGGAACAACAGGAAGGAUGUGUAGAGAACAUUCACAGCUGCUGGAGAAAUUGGGGACACAAGGGAGCUUUUUCUCAUGUACAGUAUAUGUAGAGUGUGUGUGUGUGUGUGUGUGUGUGUGUGUGUGUAAAAGGCAAAAAAGUCCAGGACAGACCAACUCAUUCAAUAUGCAUAGAUUGGAUUUAUCUCUUCAACUUUGGGGUUUGUUGUAUGUGAACACAUAGAGCAUAUGGCAAUAGUGGUUGUCUUGUUUCAUAAACUGGCCCUCUUCUUAAGUCAUGUUUUUAUCAUAAUUCAAUUCUGUGUACACCAUACUCUGACUGUGAAGUGUUAUACUAGUCUGCACACAGUUGUUAACAGUAUGUGUUCUUGAAUCUGUUUUGAACCCAUAAUGUUUUUUAAUUAAGAUAAAGAUAUGAUAUAAUACAAUUACAUAUAUGUACAUUUGAAUGACA